AUGGAAACUUGCAUAAAAAAGCCCCCAAUAGCUAGGGCGACCCUAGCUAUUGGGGGUAAGCGCCAUUGACAGUAGCCUAGUCUGUUUGUAGAUACGGUAAGCAAAACAGAAUUGCUGCUCCUUGAGGAGAAAGUCGAGGUAAGAUUGAGCCGAAAGCAGGGCGAUACAUUUCGUAUCAUAAUUGACGGCAAUACGUUCUACGAAGGAUCAGCCGAUUUUGCCAAUUUAACGAGAUACGUGCACGUACACGGCGAUGUGCUUGUCACUCGGUUCAACGCGCAGGAAGCGACAAGAUUAGCAGUCGUUAAUAAUGUAGCUAAGAUCGACUUGGACGUAGGUAAGGAACCAAAGAAAAUUAGGGCUGUCUGGGAAGAAAAUCUUCCGUGAAUUGCUUGUGUUUUCUGCUAAAGAUGAGAGAUAAAAUACUGUCAUUUAUUAUGUUACAGGCGAUGUUUUGUCCCUCGGCUUCAGCAGCACUUACGUGCGGUUGGCUCUGCUCGAUAACCGGGACAAUCAGAACCUCUAUCUGUGGACCCACAGCAAUGGCUACGCCAGACUUCACAAAAAUACAGGAAAAGAAUACACGGAUUUGGAAGGAUUUUCAUUUACAUCCCAAUCUGGCAGCACAACCGUAAUCUUCGCGAACAAGCCGCAAGGCCUUCAAGUUUUUGUCAACGGAGCUGGUCACUUAUGGAAGCACGAUUACAAUGCGGCUGGCACAGCUUACCGGCGACUUUACAUUGAUCCGGCGUAUUUACCCUACUUCCAGAACAGCUCUAUUACAAGAAAACCAAAGCCAUAA